AUGGCAUCUAAGGGGAAGGGAAACAUGAAACCUAAGAAGAAAAAACAAUCUGUUCCAACUUCCUCAACUAUGCCAAAUAUGAGUCAUCCUCUUCCUCAUCCUCCUCAGUCGACUUCAUUGCCAUCUACCAUGUUCACUAUCCCCCCUCCAUCUAAUAAUUCAGUUCAUCAACAUGGUGGCUCACCAGCUAUUGCACCCUCGGUCUUUUAUGGUAGUCAGCAUACUGACUCACCAGCUGCUGCACCCCCGGGCUUUCAUGGUAGUCAGCAUACUGGCUCACCAGCUAAUGCACUCCCGAGCUUUCAUGGUAGUCAGCAUACUGGCUCACCAGCUGUUGCACCCCCGAGCUUUCAUGGUAGUCAGCAUGAUGGUGCGUCUUUUGUUGCUCCAUCAUCUUCCAGUCCAUCAUCAUCAUCCAUUCCCAGCAUAUCUAGGUUGGAUAUUGGAGGCUCUCGCCCAGCUACAUCUAGUGCUGCUUCUGCACCAUCUCGUAGACGCAGGCAGAAUCUUGGAGGGGAUGUACAAUUUGACAGUUAUAAUCGAUUGAUAAUCGUCCCCCACAAGAAUGGGUAA